GCCUUUUCUCCUCGAUUUGAUUUGAUUUGGUUUGGUGAGGGGUUUUUCAGAUUAGCAGCUGCAUUUUUGGUUUUCUUGUUUUUGCACCCAAUGGCGGCGGCUGUGGGGGGUUUGACGACGUGCUUUGCUCGUCCGACUCCUGAAUUUAUUGCUCCUUCAACGUCGUAUUCUGCUCCUGUGCGUGUGUUCUUCAAACCCUUUAAGGUAAGAGAUUUGUGUUGCGCAGGGGAGGUUGUUGGGGUCCUAAGUGCGAGAUCGAUCCCAAUUUCGCCUCGGUUCGAAUUGAUCAGAUUGGUUCGAAUGCCUGGUCUCUCGGCUCUUGAAUUGCUCAAGACUUCUUCAGUUAAUAGAUAUACAAAAGAAAGGAUCAGUAUUGUGGUGAUUGGUCUUAAUGUUCACACUGCACCAGUAGAGUUGCGUGAGAAACUUGCCAUUCCAGAAGCUCAAUGGCCUCAGGCCAUUGGUGAACUCUGUGCUCUGAACCAUAUAGAAGAAGCGGCUGUUCUUAGCACUUGUAAUCGGAUUGAGAUUUAUGUUGUAGCGUUGUCGCAGCAUCGUGGGGUUAAAGAAGUGACAGAAUGGAUGUCCAAGAGAAGUGGAAUUCCUAUUUCAGAGCUUUGUAAGCAUAGGGUUCUAUUAUACAAUACCGAUGCAACUCAGCACCUCUUUGAAGUUUCUGCGGGUCUCGACUCUCUUGUCCUUGGAGAAGGUCAAAUUCUUGCUCAGGUGAAACAUGUUGUUAAAACAGGGCAAGGUGUAGCUGGUUUUGACAGAAAAAUUAGUGGGUUGUUCAAGCAUGCCAUCACUGUUGGAAAGCGGGUUAGAACUGAGACCAACAUUUCCUCGGGGUCGGUUUCUGUUAGUUCAGCUGCUGUAGAGCUUGCACAGAAGAAGCUUCCAGAAUCUUCAUAUGCUACUGCAAAAGUGAUGGUAGUUGGUGCUGGAAAAAUGGGGAAACUUGUGAUCAAACACUUAGUUGCAAAAGGAUGUAGGAAGAUGGUGGUUGUGAACAGAACUCAGGACAGUGUCGAUGCUGUAAGCAAGGAACUCAAAGAUGUUGAGAUAAUCUACAAACCCCUCUCGAAGAUUUUAGCAUGUGCUUCAGAGGCGGAUGUCAUCUUCACCUGCACUGCUUCAAAAACACCCUUAUUCACGAAAGAACAUGUAGCGAUGCUCCCCCCUGCAGGUACAGAAACAGGAAGACGUUUAUUUGUCGAUAUAUCAGUUCCGAGGAAUGUUGAGCAACGUGUAUCAGAUCUUGAGACCGUGUCUGUCUUUAAUGUGGAUGAUCUCAAGGAAGUUGUUGCUGCUAACAAGGAGGAUAGACUAAAGAAAGUUCAGGAGGCUCAAUCAAUAAUCGGAGAAGAAAUAAACAAAUUUGAAGCCUGGAAGGAUUCCCUUGAAACUGUUCCUACCAUCAAGAAGUUUAGAGCUUAUGUUGAGAGGAUCAGGGCCGCUGAACUAGACAAAUGUUUGUCCAAGAUGGGUGAAGACAUCCCAAAGAAAAAGAAAGUAGCUAUUAAUGAUCUUAGCUUGGGUAUAGCUAACAAACUACUUCAUGGUCCAAUACAACACUUAAGAUGUGAUGGCAACGAUAGUCGAACGUUGGAUGAGAUACUUCAGAAUAUGCAUGCUAUUAACAGAAUGUUUGACCUUGAGACAGACUUGUCUGUCUUGGAAGAGAAGAUUAGAGCAAAAGUUGAACGUGGGCAGAAGUAGAGAUUUGCAUUUUUUGUGAGGUUUUGUCGAUAUUCUUACAGUUGCAGCAUUCAUGGCUUGUGACUGCUUGUAGCUUUAUACGUCAAUGAUUCUUGUGGGGCAAAUUGCCCGAUCAUGCGAAUCUUGCAUAAUGAUGUAUCAAAAUGAGAGACUAUAGAGAAAAAUAACUAUUGCAAUUUAUUC